AAGUACUCUUCAUGGUCGCCACCGCACUUUGCCCUUCUUCUCUCGACUACCCAUUACACUGUCUUCACAACGCUUGAUGCCAUUUCGCCAGUCUCUGAUUUUUUGCCUUUUGCUCCACACGAGCCCCCUGCUUGCCUUGCCAUGCACAUUAUGGUCACGUUCGCCUCACGACCUUGUUUCCUGUCAGGGCCCCCCGUCUCCACCUCUCUCUCUCGCUCGGUGCCAUUGUUUCGCAGUAACACUGGAUCUUCGAAACACAACGUGUAUCGCUACCUCCCAGGGUGCUUGCAUGGAAAGAAUCCACAUCCGAGUCAUACCGGGCUCCUUUGAAUUCAUGCUCCACCUUUUGGGGUUUGCUCAUUGCCAUUUUUUUUAUUGCCGCAAUCAUAGCCUAACUCGUCACCCGGCCGACUUUUCCGUUUUUAUUCUGUCGUUAUCAAGAUUGAACGAACGAGACG